AUGUCCAAAACAAUGAGAGCCCUCCAAAUAACCCGCUCAACAACCUCAUCCCCAACCCUAUCACCGUACACACUCCCAAUCCCACCCCUCAAACCGGGUCACGCAUUAGUCAAAAUAAACUAUGCAUGUAUCCAUCCCUCCGACCGCCUAAACGCCCAAGGCCUCUUCCCAUCUACGACCCUCCCACGUAUCCCAGGCCGAGACUUCUCCGGCACGGUAGUAGAGAUAUCCGAAACCGACACAGCCAACACAUCUAAAUCCUGGAUCGGAAAACAAGUCUACGGCACCAGUGGAUCAAGUCUCGGCUUUACAAAUGAUGGUCCCCACGCGCAAUAUUGCCUCGUACCACACGAAGCCUUGGUCGAGAAACCAUCCUCUCUAUCCGCACUGCAAGCCGCGACAGUCGGCGUACCGUUUACCACUGCCCUGAUCUGUCUACAAAGAGCGCAAGUUAAGUCCGAUGAUAUCGUCCUUGUUCUUGGUGCCACGGGCGCGGUGGGGUCGACUGCUGUGCAAAUUGCCCGGGCUAUGGGAUGUAGGCGGGUAUUGACUGCUGCUCGGAGGGCGCAAGCUACCAGCCCUGAUAUCCUUUUGCCCGGGGAAAACACGGCUGCAGAGCUUGCUUUGCGCCUUGCGGAAUUGACUGGUGGGGAAGGUGUUGACGUUGUUGUUGAUACUGUUGGGAAUGUUGCAUUGAUGGAUGCUGCUGUUGAGUCGUUGGCGCGGAAGGGCCGCUAUGCUUGGAUUGCGGCGCCCAGGGGUGAUGUUAGUAAGAAGGUGUCGUUUGAUAUCUUCCAGGCGUAUCGAAAGGAGAUCACGCUUGUUGGGUGUAAUUCCGUUAGUCCGACUAUUGGGGAUGCGGCGGGGUUGUUGCGGUCUCUUGGGGGGUGGAUUGAGCAGGGAGUGUUACGUGCGCAGGAUGAAGGGUCUUUUAGGACGGUGAAGAUUGAGGAUUGUGUUGAUGAGGGUUAUGGAAGGGCUGGGGAGCAGGUUGUUAUUGAAAUGGAAUGA